GGGGCGGAGCUACGCAUGCGCAGAGCUGAAGCGCGCCGCUGGCGGCCAUUGAAAAAUGGCGACUGUCACCGAGUUGAAGGCCGUUUUAAAGGACACCUUGGAAAAAAAGGGAGUAUUAGGGCAUUUAAAAGCAAGGAUCCGAGCUGAAGUUUUCAGUGCCCUAGAUGAUGACCGUGAACCCCGACCAUCAUUGUCUCAUGAAAACCUUCUAAUUAAUGAAUUAAUUCGGGACUAUUUGGAAUUCAACAAAUAUAAGUAUACAGCAUCUGUCCUCAUGGCAGAAUCUGGUCAACCUGUAGUUCCAUUGGACAGACAAUUUCUCAUUCGUGAACUAAAUGCAUUUGAAGAAUCAAAGGAUAAUACAAUACCUCUUUUAUAUGGAAUUUUAGCUCAUUUCUUGCAUGGAACUAAGGAUGGCAUCCAGAACACAUUUCUUAAAGGCCCUUCACUUCAGCCUCCAAACCCAAAUCUUGGUAGACAACUUAGUAGAAGAAAGCAAAUAGAUGAUCACCUAAGAAUGGAGAAGGGAAAAAGUACUACUGUGGAAGAUCAUCAUGUGUCUCAAGCAGUAAAGAGAUGAUAUUUCCAUUUGGGUUAUCUUUUAUCUUAAAAUUGUGUGUAUUAAAUUAUUUAUUAUCUUGGUAUUACCAAAAUGUACCACUACUAUUUGUACUUUGUAGAAAUCUGAGUUUCUGCAAAACAUUUAGCCCCUCAUGUUUAACCAUAUUUGUGAAUAAAAACCACCUGCCAUCAAGCUUAUUGGGUUUGACUUGAAAGAAAAUGUAUUUAUUGUUUUGGGGUAGUAUUUUAAAAGUCCUUACAUUUAUGAGAAAUGAAAGGAUCUCUUAGUACCUUGUACAUUCUAAAAAUUAUAUAGGUCUCUAUAACCAUAUGCUCUGCUCUUUGACAUGGCACAUUAAUUACAUUUUCUUCGGCUGGGAAUUAUGUGGAUUUGUAAGAAAAUUCACUCAAGAUUUUUAUUUUUAUUUAUUUAUUUUUUUUGAGACAGAAUCUCUCAAGCUGUCGCCCUGGGUAGAGUGCCAUGAUGUCAUUGCUCACAGCAACCUCCAACUUGGGCUCAAGCGAUCCUCUUGCCUCAGUUUUUCUAUUUUUAGUCUCGCUUUUGCUCAGGCUGGUCUCGAAUCUGUGAGUGUAAGCUAUCUACCUGCCUUAGCCUCCCACAGGGCUAGGAUUAUAGAUUUCAGCCACUGCGCCCCACCAAUUCAUUCAAGUUUUAAAGAAAAACAUUUAACAUUAGAAUCAGAAAAAAAUUAUAAUUCCUAUAAAGUUUGAUUUUUUUUUAAGCACCUUUUUUAGAUAACUAUUUAUUACGAGGUUUAAAUAUCUGAAGUACUGUCUAAAGUUGAACUUUCAAACUAGGUAACAAAGUAGAUAUUUUUCUUUCCUUAGACCAUUUUGGCUCCUACUGGAAGAUUUAAUUAAAAGGCAGAGGAGGAAGUAAUUCUUUUAAUUUUUCUGUAAGUAAAACAAAGAGUUUAUUUUAUUACAUAAAGAAUGAAAUAAGCAUGAAGAGACAGGCUUUGGGAGAAAUACCAGAAAGUGACUUCUAAAAGGUGGCACUGUUUAACCUCUAUGUGCCUUUCAGUUGUGUAGUUACAGAUGAGCCUUGAAAGGGUCAGCCCUCUAUUAUUGGGCUCGGAAAGUCUUUUUUUUUGAUACAGAGCCUCAAGCUUUGCCCUGGGUAGAGUGCUGUGGCAUUACAGCUCACAGCAACCUCCAAUGCCUGGGCUCAGGCGAUUCUCCUGCCUCUGCCUCCCAAGUAACUGGGACUAUAGGCGCUCGCCACAGGCCCGGCUUUUUUUUUUUUUUUUUGGUUUUUGGCCGGGGCAGGGUUUGAACUCGCCACCUCCGGCAUAUGGGACCGGCGCCCUACCCCUUGAGCCACAGGUGCCGCCCUCGGAAAGUCUUAUUAAACAUCAGUUUUUAUUCUUGGAAUAGAAAACUAGUAAGAACUAUUACACUGCUAUCUCUAAAAUGCUACUUUUAUAUUUAUUAAGGAAGUUUUUAUGAUGUAGAGUGUACAGACCCAUUUCAUUGAAAACAACUAUUAUAGUAGACAGGCCCUGAUUGGCAAAAGUCAUGGUAUGUCCGGAAUAAAACUUUUCAUGGACAACUAUACACUGAGAACACUUGGUUUAACUGAUUUCCAUAGGGAACCGUGAUAAGGGCUGGAGUUGGCAAAAUUGCCAUUCUCUUUAUGGUGUUAAUUCUGUCUUUGCAAAUUGUUGAAACUUUUUAUUCUAUAUUUGGUGAUGCUAAUCAGUAUUCACUCCUUACAGAUUAACUAAUAAUUUUUGUCUAAAUGCAGAAAAUUAUUGAUGAAAUUACCAUGCUUACAAGUCAAAAGAUUUUGAGAGGCCCUGUUGAUGGGUUAAAAAUAUAUACAUAGAGGUGGCGCCUGUAGCUCAGUGAGUAGGACGCCAGCCCCAUCUACCGAGGGUGCUGGGUUCAAAUCCAGCCCCGGCCAAACUGUAACAAAAAAUAGCUGGGCAUUGUGGUGGGCACCUGUGGUCCCAGCUACUCAGGAGGCUGAGGCAAGAGAAUCACCUAAGCCCAAGAGCUGGAGGUUGCUGUGAGCUGUGACACCAUGGUACUCUACUGAGGGCAACAAAGUGAAACUCUGUCUCUUAAAAAAAAAUCUGUAUCAGGCGGCGCCUGUGGCUCAGUGGGUAGGGUGCCAGCCCCAUAUACCAAGGGUGGCGGGUUCAAACCCCGCCUCGGCCAAAUUGCAACCAAAAAAAUAGCCGGGCAUUGUGGCAGGUGCCUGUUGUCCCAGCUACUCGGGAGGCUGAGGCAAGAGAAUCGCAUAAGCGCAGGAGUUGGAGGUUGCUGUGAGUUGCGUGAUACCACGGCACUCUACCAAGGGUGAUAAAGUGAGACUCUUGUCUCUAACAAAAAAAAAAAAAAUCUAUAUAUAUAGAUAUAGAUGCAAAAGUAUUAUAAGAUACACCCAUUUUCCAUUUUACAUCUGAAAUACCUGAUUACAAUUAUGAAUUCCAUUAUAUUGUAUGUGGGAAUAUAAAUAUCUGAAUUCUCCCAGGGGGCUUGGUUUACAUCCAAGGAUGUUGGCAGUGGACACUAAGUUUACCUCAGGAAUUGCAAUCAUACAGGACUAGAUCAAGAAAAAAUGCUAGAGUUUGUAAUUUUGGAUACUGAUAAUAAAAUCAAAAUGGAAGUUAAACAAAAUUGUCACAUGUAGUCCAUACAGCUUUUAUAUGCAUUAUUCUGUAACCUGUUUAUGCCAAGGCAACUUUUAUACUUUCAGUGUAUCAUUUAAUAAAAAAUUAAGCAACUCA